AUGAGGCUUUUAGCUUGGAACUGUCGUGGGCUUGGGAACCCAGGGACAGUUCAGGUGCUUAAGAGGUUAAUCGCCUCACAAGGUCCCGAUGUGGUCUUUGUUUCAGAGACCAGAAAAUCUACCCAGGAGAUGUGUGCUAUGCGACGUUCUUUUGGGGUUUCUAAUUUAUUUCCAGUUUCUUGUGCAGGUACAGGGCGAGCGAGAGCAGGUGGUUUGUGUCUGAUGUGGUCAGACGAGGUGGAGGUUCAGGUGGUUCAUGCUUCACAGAAUCAUGUUCUCUGCAUGGUGUCACACCCACUUGCUCAAGCUCCAGUGCAGCUCCUUGCAGUUUAUGGUUUUUCGGAUGAGCAGAAUAAACACCGGACUUGGGAGAUGGUAUCUCGAUACAAACCCCUGGAUUCUUCGACUCCUUGGGUUUAUCUGGGUGACUUUAAUGAUAUUUUGGGCCCCGAGGGAAAGCUAGGUGGAGGACCUGUUAAUGUUCACCGUCUUCAAAAUACUAACCAUACUAUUUCCGUGUGUGGUCUUUCUAAUGCAGGUUUCCGAGGGUUUCGGUUCACUGGGUCCAACAAACUCCAUGAGCCUCAUAAUAUCCAGGAGCGCCUGGACUAUGCUCUUAUUAAUGAGAGGUGGCGUGAUCUUUGGCCAGUGAUUGAGGUGUCUCAUUUGGCCAGACAUAAGUCCGACCAUAACCCGAUUUUGAUGGCUUGUUACCCUUGUCCUCGAGGAGAGAAGCAGAAAAGGAUUCAUAGGUUCUGGUUUGAAGAAGUUUGGUUGGAUCAAACUGAUGAGUGUGCUGAGGUAAUUGCAGAUUCUUGGUCAGCUUCUCAAAACAUUGGGCAAAAAAUUGCCGUCCUUGGGUCAACUCUUGAUAGCUGGGGAAGAGAGCGGUUUGGGAAUAUUCCAAAGAAGGUAGAUGACAAGAAAACGAGGUUACAACUUUUACAAAGUAGAGUUCAUGAUGAACAGGUGGUGGCCGAGAUGCGUGAGCUUGAGAGAGAGCUUGAUGUUUUGCUUGAGCAGGAGGAGAUUAUGUGGGCUCAGCGCUCUAGAGCUAACUGGUUGCAACAUGGUGACCAAAAUACUAAAUUUUUUCACCAAAAGGCUUCCCAGAGAAGGAAGCGUAAUAAUAUUGAGGAAAUUGCAGACGAUAGAGGCACUAGAUGGAUUGAUGAUCCUAAUAUUUCGAGAGUGCUUACUGAUUAUUUUAUUAAUUUGUUUGCUACUUCUAACCCUACAGGGCUGGAUGAGGCCACGAGCUUAGUGGCAGGGCGCGUAUCGUCGGUUAUGUCUAAUACCUUGCUUGCUCCUUUUACAAGGGAGGAAGUGGAGGAAGCUUUGUUCCAAAUGCACCCUUAUAAGGCCCCUGGUGCUGAUGGUUUUCCUGCGCUGUUUUAUCAUAAAUUAUGGCAUAUUGUUGGGGAUGACGUGGUCCAUUUUUGUCUGCAGGUCCUUAGUGGACAACUCUCUCCAGAAAAAAUGUCCUGGCCGGAAUGGCCAUAUGGCUUAAAAUUGGACAUGCCUAAAGCAUAUGAUAGGGUCGAAUGGCCUUUUCUUCAGAGUGUGUUGGUUCAGAUGGGAUUCCCAACAUCUUGGGUGAGCCUUAUUAUGAGUUGUGUUACAAUUGUUCGUUUCCAGGUGUCCUCCGCUUUGAUUGAAAAGGAGUUAACACACUCCAACCUUUCUGGUAUUAAGAUUGCUCGUAAUGCGCCUGUGAUCUCACAUCUUCUCUUUACAUAUGACAGUGUUAUAUUUGCAAAAGCAACCUUGGAGGAAGCACAAUGCGUUAAGCAUAUCCUUGCAUCCUAUGAGAAGGUUUCAGGUCAGGUCAUUAACCUUGACAAAUCGAUGCUUUCCUGUAGCCGAAACAUGCCUAGUUCCCGCUUCGAUGAGCUUCAACAGCUUUUGAGUGUAAAGGCGGUGGAAAGUUAUGACAAGUAUUUGGGGCUUCCAACCAUCAUUGAUAUAGAGCGCAUGAUUAGCAAAUUUUAUUGGAGCGGAGAUGCCUCCCGGCGGGGUAUUCACUGGCUUAAGUGGGAUACUUUAUGUCGCUCCAAGUUUGAUGGAGGUGUGGGUUUCAGGGACUUCAAGGCGUUUAAUAUAGCACUUGUAGGAAAAAAUUGGUGGCGUCUUCAAAGGCAGCCGAAGACUUUGUUGGGUAGGCUUUUCAAGGCAAUUUAUUUUCCUCGCUCAUCUUUGUGUACAGCCAAGAAAGGUAGUCGUCCUAGCUAUGCUUGGACUAGUAUCUUUCGCACAAGAUGGGUGUUUGAGGAAGGUGCUCGUUGGAAGGUGGGAAAUGGAAAUAAUAUUGAUAUCUGGCGGGAUAAAUGGCUCCCGGAUGGUGUUCCUCUUAUUUAUAGAGAGGAUCUUGCUCACAAUGCUAAUUUGAAGAUCCCCCUAGCUUUGUCUCCAAGGGAUGAUGAACUCUUCUGGCCUUACAACGCUGAUGGCCUUUAUACUACUAAGUCAGGAUAUGCUUUUGUUAGGCAGAAGAAGAUGUGUAGUGCAGCUUCAACCUCCUCGGCGCUGCCCAGAUGCAAGGAGACCGUUUGGAGAGCAGCUCGUGGUAUUCUACCGGUGAGGAAGCUGCUGCGAGUUCGUGGUAUUGAUGUGGAAGAUAGCUGCCCCUUAUGUCAUUCAGCGCCUGAAAGUAUUGAUCCCGUCCUACUGUUGUGCCCGGUCUCCAAAAGAUGGUGGUUCGCGGCUACAGGAGGUUUGCGGGUUCAAGAGGAUACCACCGUGCAGGGAUUUUUGCAUCAGAUAUUCGAGCUCCAUGACAGCACUUUGGAGGCUCUUAAUGUUGCGGUUUUGUGGGUUAUUUGGGAGGCUCGUAAUCUGAGCAUUUUUCAGGGGAAACAACCGACGGUGGAGGGUGUUCUUGCUCGGGUCCAGAUGAUGAAAGCGCCUCCGCGCGCCCCUUCGGUUGUGGCUGAUGUUCGUGUCCCUCCCGCUAGUUGGCUUCGUCCACCUCCCAUUCCAUCAAGCUGA